CGUACUCUUUACCUGGCUGGCCAUAAGACGCUUAAGUUUGUAGUUAUUCUGGCUAGUUGAUGUUUACACUCGGUCCUGUUGAGUACGGUUGCCAGAGGAGAUUCUUUUCGAUUGGCGCGUGUUGCUGUUUUUUAUUGGUUUCAAAGGGCCGCAAAGUAUAUUAAACUUGUUGUGAUCGGAAGUGUGGGCCGCUAGGUGUUUACGACCAGUCUUGUCACGACACAGCAUCCUGAGGUUGAUUGAUUCAUCGUGAGGCGUUCACCAGGAAGUGGUUCGAGAUGGAGAUGAACAGUACAUUCGAAAAUCUGCUCAGGAUUGCAAGGGCAGAUGGUCAUGACCAUGAACGCGAUCAAGAUCAACAGGAGGAUGACGAAAAUGAUUCGAUUAUUGUGGCCAAAGCAACCACGAUGGUGGUUCUGUUCGGCGUGAGCAUGAUCUGUGGAACCGCACCAUUUAAAUUGGCACAAUGGUUUAAAUGGUCCGAUAAUGCGUCCGAUGCAAAAACAGGUUUGGUUGUGUCGGUGCUGUUGUCUUUCGGGGGAGGUGCACUGUUGUGCACCACAUUCCAGCAUCUGCUACCGGAGAUUAACGAGACCAUUCAUGAGCUGACGGCAGCGGGACUUAUGCCUAAGAUGAAUUUUAGCCUGGGAGAAUUUCUGAUGUGUGCCGGGUUUUUCAUCAUCUAUCUGGUGGAAGAGUUGGUGCAUGUUUAUUUGCAUAGACAUGAACGCAAAAUGAAGGAGGCUAAACUGAAUGAGCUGGAUGCUGCCGGUGGCGCUAUUAUCCGAGGAACACACGCGAGAGAAAGCAUCAUAAUGCGAAAGAAAAAUAGCGAAGCUCGCAGCGGAAGCAUCUCGACUGCAGAUUUAAUCUCGAAUGAUUUAGAGAAUCAAAAGCGGGGAAUUCCGGUGGUUGCAAACGACGCAGUAGUUGUCAGCUCUCAACAUCCCCACGACCAUCAUGUUCAUCAUCACAUCCCGCAAGUUGAGGCCGAUGGAAAGAUAGUUUCCUCUAUCCGUGGUUUGCUCAUUGUGCUAGCUCUGUCGGUGCAUGAACUGUUCGAGGGUCUCGCGGUGGGCCUAGAGGGAACCACUGCCACCGUGUGGUACAUGUUCGGUGCUGUGGCGGCACAUAAAUUUGUCAUAGCCUUCUGCGUUGGGGUGGAGCUGAUUGUCGCACGCACAUCGUUCUGGCUUGCCAUCGGAUAUAUCUUCAUUUAUUCGGUCGUCAGUCCGCUGGGUAUUGGAAUUGGAAUUUUCCUGAGCAACGGCUCCAAUGCGGAUGACAUGGAGGUUAUAUCGGUCGUGCUACAAGGGCUCGCGUCCGGUACCCUACUGUACGUUAUAUUCUUCGAAGUGCUCUCCAAGGAUCGCUCCGGGCUGUGGCAAUACCUGGCGGUAUUUGUCGGAUUCUUCUUCAUGUUUGGAAUCCAAUUUGCAACUCAUGGGCACGGACAUGGACACAGCCACGGUGGAUCGGGUGGACAUCACGAGGAUGAUCAUGACCAUGAACAUGACCACCCACAUGACCACCAAAAAUAACCAGCAACUAGCGGUACACGACCGAGCGGUGUGGAUGCGCAAAAGAUUAUCAUCGAUGUACACGUGACACUUUUGAAGUGACGAAUGGUUGUGCGGAAGAUUAAAGCCAGAACAGUAUUGUACAGUGCGUACCGAUGUUCAAAACCCUUUGCAGCUGUGAUUGUGAGAAGAUAAACAGAAAAACAAAAUUCAUGAGAUAGAAGCUUAUCGUAUGUUUUAGUGCCUUUGAGUGUAGUCUAGAUAGCAUAUUUGAAAAUAGGUUCCCAUCUUAGCACAAGCGAACAGCUGAUUGUGUGUGAGUUGAUGAGAAGGCAACUUGCGUCAGCUUUAAAUUAUGAAAUUAUUUUAUCUUUAAAUAAGACUUAUUAUACAUGUAAAUUGUAAUAGCAUAUUUUAUGAAUAUUCUU